AUGGCCGAUUUCAUCGCCUUUCACACUUACUAUUCGCGUCAUAACUUCCUCUCACCCUCCAACAUGCUUCCGCGGCCUACCAGCCACAGACGAUCCCUCUCCUCCGAGAAUAGGUCUCUGUCACCCGACAGAACCAUUACGAAAGCGCGCUCUACAAACGAUUUAUCGAAGAUCGUCACCGAGAAACCGACCCCCGGAGUGCGAUCAUCCAGUGUGGGGAAUUUUCCAGACAGCAACUUCAAUACCCUUAAGGAUCCGAGACUUGCGAGCAGCGCGGAAAGCUCGGAAACCGCAUCCACCACCCAGUCGCAUCACCCCGAUCUCAGCAAUGAAGUCGCAGCUCUAAGUGUUAAACUUGUUCAGGCGAUCAACAACCAAACCACGUUAGAUGACAGCUUAGUUGCCACCCGCCAGGAACUCGAGCAAGCUCAGAAAAAGAUCCGCUCUCUCGAGUCGGAGAACGACAAAUACCGGCGCGACGUUGAGCAGGAAGUACUAAUCAAGAAAGCCGAUGUCGAUUACGAAAUGUUGCGCCUACAGGCCGCCUUGGCUGAAGAGAAGGCCCAGCGCGCGCUUGCAGAGAAGGAGAAGAAAGGCAUCGAACAAGAACUAGAGACUUUGACUGCUGCUCUGUUUGAGGAGGCCAACAAGAUGGUCGCAGCCGCUAAACUCGAGCGUGAAGCAGUAGAAAAGAAGAACGAGCAAUUACGUGCUCAGGUCAAAGAUACCGAAGCACUCCUCGCAUCGCAUCAGGAGCAACUUGCCGAAUUGAAAUCUGUUUUGCAAGGAAUGAACGUCACCAAGGACGAUGCUGAUGCUCGGACCAUCAUCUCAACUGCGCCGUCCUCUCCAGCUGCACCCAUGCGGCCUCCAUCCAUCAGAAAGAACAUGGAGAGUUCGGAUGCCCACGAGGAUGUCAUCGCAAUGGAAGAUAUCACACCGGCCCCUUCGACCAGUUUCCCACGCCUGAUCAAGGCUGUUUGUCGCACCGAUAUACAAGCGUAUGAGGAUUUCCGAGAACUGUUCACCACGUCGAGAUUGUCCAAGCCGCCGAGUCGUGCCACCAGUGGGUCUUACGCCGGCUUGAAUGUCAUGAGCCUUGCUAGUCUGAGCACUGGCGGCUUCGGCUCUGCGUCCUCGUCGCCUGCGAAAUCCAAUACCCAUUCUCCCAGCGGGAGCGUGUCGUCUCCUCAACCAGUCACAUCCCACAUCCCAUUGAAGGAAACCCGCUUCUACAAGCGAGUGGCUGUAGAAGAUAUUGAGCCAACAUUACGACUGGAUGCCGCUCCUGGGAUCUCUUGGCUAACUCGGCGGUCUGUAUUGGGUGGAAUCUGUGAGGGUAGUCUGUUGGUUGAGCCUAUGCCUUCAUCGGCUAAGCGGUACGAGUUCCCAUGCUCACUCUGUGGCGAACGCCGGACCGGCUCCGUCAACGAGAGGACUCAUCGUUUCCGCACUUCCGACAACGAGACCGCCCAGCGCUACCCGCUGUGUGUGCUUUGCUUGGAGAAGGUACGAUCAUGCUGCGAGUUUACAGGAUAUCUUCGCUUGAUUCUCGACGGGCAUGUUCGAAUUGGGGAUGCCGAAGAGGAGAAGGAAGCCUGGGAUGAGACUAUAAGAUUGAGGGAAAGAAUGUUUUGGUCCCGGAUUGGUGGCGGCAUCAUUCCUUUGAAAAGACCUCCCUUAACGAGGACCCAUUCGCGUCUGCUCCCGCGGAUGUCGCGAUUCCAGUGA